GCGACCGGACGCCACCCUUUGUAUAUGCCCUUCGGGUGGUUAGCACCCGCCAGCCCGCAGAAUAGCUGAGCGGUCCACCAACCUUGAUCUUUCCCACUCUCUUCCCCCUUGUUGUUGCUUUUCAACUCCUUCUUUCUACGUCUACUUUCACCCUUUCCUGAAGGAUGGUCGUCGCUGGAAGACAUAAAUGCCUUUUGAAAGUAAAACGAGCAUCUUUCCCCUUCUCUUUUUAUUUACCUCCCGUAUAUAAGGCCCAGGGCGACACCUAAGACUUCUGGUUCUUCUAGCUGUACCCAUAGUUUCUAGUCUGCACAAGAUGGAGGCUAUCGUGCCGACCGUGCUACAAGACAUAUACAAAUCGCUCCAGUUUCGGGACCCACGAACGAAGGAUUUCCUUUUUCUGGACGGUCCCAGCUACAUGGCUAUGUUGCUCCUCGGGUACCUGUAUGUCGUCAAAGUGUGGGGACCGCGGUACAUGCAACCGAGAAAACCUUACGACCUCAAACGUGUGAUCCUAUUCUACAACGCGUUCCAAGUCGUCGCGAACGUGUACUUCGUGACCACAAUUCUCUACUACGCCUUCUGGGGCCUCAGCUACAGCCCCAUCUGUCAAGGAACCUCGUACAGUGAUGACGCGCGUACCAUGAACCUUCUCCGAACGCUGCACGGCUAUUUGUUUGUGCGCAUCAUCGACUUUCUUGACACCAUAUUCUUCGUCAUGAAGAAGAAGUUCUCGCACGUCUCCAACCUGCACGUUAUCCACCACACCAUCGUGGUCUUCAACGGUUGGAUGUUCCUCAGAAUAGGAGCCGACGGACAAGGUGUUCUUGGCGUCGCUGUCAAUUCCAUGGUUCACGUUCUCAUGUACACCUAUUACUUCUUGAGCGCCUUCGGUCCAGCAGUGCAGAAGUACCUCUGGUGGAAGAAAUACCUCACCAGGAUUCAAAUCGGACAGUUCUUCUGGAUGAUCUUCCACGUCUGCAUUCCUAUUUUUAAGGAAUGCGGGAUGCCAAUUGUUCCGUUCGUCUACGUUGCUCUUCCGCAGGUGAUUUUAAUCCUGGCGUUGUUCGUCAACUUUUACGUACACUCUUACGUGAUGCGGACUAAGAAAGAUGACGUCACAAACUCGUGCUUCAUGCAAGCCUCAAAAUGCAACGGGACCGUGAUGCAUGCAAAUGGUUUUGCAGUGAAGAAACAUACGUGAUGAAUGCUCGCAAAUGGUAUAGAGACAAUGAAAGACAGUGUUCUGACGUUUGCUCGUAAUUUUUACAUUACAUGGGUGUAAAUAUGAUGUAAAUAUAAGCUAUGCAAUGGAAAUCGAGUCAGGUCAUUGGUGAUUCACAACUGUUCAGUGUUCACUUAUGUUUUUACCUGUUGUAUCGUUUGGUCCGCGUUACAGGAGAAAGGAUUGCCGUGACCUUGGUCAGAGUUCUUAUACAUAGGGUUCAUCCGCCGUCGGCCCUCUCGUGUUAUAUAAUGUCGUCAGACAUGUUUUGUAACAUUAUGCUAAGCGCUGGUUUAUAAUCAGCUACUACUUGUACAUAUUGUUAUACGUCGUUGUUGGUUGCAUUGUUGAAAGUGUACUUAAGGCUGCCAUUUCAUUCUUCACGAACAUCAUUCACCCUCUUGCUGUUGUCUUACUGUAAGAGUGUCGUUUAGCAUCAGCUUCAUCUUUUUGAAUGAAAAUAAACA